AUGAAUACCUUUAGAGCUCUCCAAGACAUGUAUGGAACAUAUGGAGUAACACUAUCUGGGAAGCCCUCAGCAAUUCACCGUCUGCACCCACACCAUCAAGGUAAGGAUCUUCCAGAGUCAUGCAGUCCUUGCUCUGCAUGGCUCUGGAGGCCUCAUCAAUACCACCCUGGAAGUGUUGCUCUUCGUGAAAUCCGCAAGUAUCAGAAAAGCACAGAGCUGCUGAUCAGGAAACUGCCAUUCCAGAGGCUUGUCCGAGAAAUUGCUCAAGACUUCAAGACUGACCUGCGGCUCCAGAGCCAUGCAGUCCUUGCUCUGCAAGAGGCAGCAGAGGCGUACCUGGUGGGGCUGUUUGAGGACACUAAUCUCUGCGCCAUCCAUGCCAAGAGGGUGACCAUCAUGCCGAAAGACAUCCAGCUGACCAGGAGGAUCCGUGGUGAGAGGGCUUGAUCUGUUGAAACAUCUUCAUCAGAUGGAUGCUAAGAUUGACCCCUCCCUCUCCUUCUUUAAUCCUUCAAAAUCUAAUAUGCAUAUACAUACGGUAUGAUAUGUUAGGGAAUAGUUGGGUAGUAGCAUGGGGUACUUCUCUGAACAUAUGCUUUGAACUUCUCUCUCUUCUUCUUUUUUUCUCUCGGUGGUUUGUGUUGAUGUGGUCGUCUGUCCAUUAAGGGGUUUUUAGUACUAAGAUGUGCGUGAUUCUGUUUUCAA